AGAAAUGUGUAUACAAAAAGGUGUAAGCAUUUUAGGUACCUCUAAUUUUUUUCUAAACCGGUGGAGUAUCUCAAGUAGUGAAAUUCAAAUGCAACUUUACCAUUUUCCGUCAUGACCUUUGAAAUUGACGUGUUACAUGUUUUUUUGGAAACCUCAAGUUCACGUCAAUUUGGGGUUUAGGGUUUUGAAAAACAAUCAGAAGCAAAGAGAUCCAGAAAUGUCAAGAAGAAGUUUGUUGUCGUUCCUGAAGCGCAGCCCUUCAUCAAAGAGCGAGGUAGAUGGAAGCAAUGCAAAAACGUGGGGACAGUGGGUGGUAUCGGGGACAUUGAUUUGCCUGACAGGAGGUGUUGCUCUUAGUGCACUUGAUGAUCUCUCAAUAUACCACAGUUGUAGCAGCCAGGCAAUAGAGAGAGCUAAUAAGAACAAGGCCAUAAUAGAAUCUAUUGGAGUGCCAAUUGUUAGAGGACCAUGGUAUAAUGCAUCGCUGGGGAAGUCGCACCAAAGGCAUUCUGUAUCCUGCUCAUUUCCCGUUUCAGGUCCACAAGGCUCUGGGAUCAUUCAGUUAAAGGCAAUUAAUAAUAGAGAGGAUACUUGGAUUUCAUUUUUUCAGCCCCGUGCCUGGGAAAUCCUCAUUAUGGAAGCUCUUGUCCACGUACCUGAAAACCAAGAGAAGCAACAAACAUUUCGAAUAACUGUUUCAGAUGACGUGCCCUCUUCAACUGCCUGUGUGACAUGCCCUGACUUCAGUUCUAAAAAAUCUGAAAGCGUGGAGAAGAACUGUAGUUAGUAUAUAUUUCUUGAAUUUUCCAUUCUAGCCAUUUCACUUUCACAAGUUUUGAUUUCACGCAAGAGUGCUAGAGAAUAAUAGGAUGUAAAGUAUUUUAUUCUUGGGAGUGCUUUUGUGUUUUGUGAAGGCUCAUAUAGCAGUCCUAUGAGUUACAUGAUUGUUAUUCAGAAUUUGGUUGGACGGAUAAUUGGAUAUUACUUGUACUCAUCAUUUGGAGUAAAAAUUAAUGAUGAAGCGCAUACUGUUCUUCAAAAAUUAGGUUUGCUAUUG